CGAGCGGAAGCACGGUUGACGAGGAAGAGUGAGCCUUAUCGCUAAAACACUAUACUCAACCACUAAUUUGACUUAUCUAUUUGAUGUUCUUCGAUUUGGGACCACAUUCAUUAUGAUUAUCACAGUGAAACCGCUCCAAGGAAAAGAAUGCAGCAUCAAUGUAAAUGAGGAUGAAAAAGUCUCCACAGUGAAGGACCUUGUAGCCCAAUGUCUCAGCAUCCCAGCUAACCAGCAGCGGUUGCUUUUUAAAGGGAAAGCACUCGCAGAUGAACACCGAUUGUGCGAUUACUCCAUUGGCCCAGAAGCUAAAUUAAAUCUAGUAGUUCGUCCAGUGGGGGAGCGGACUGGUGUUCCUGGAACGGCAGCAAGCAGCAGUAACAGCAACUCACAAACUGGAGUGUGGCAGACUCUCUCCACUAUUCUGGCAAGACACUUUAGUCCUGCAGAUGCUGCUAAAGUUCAUGAACAGCUUAUAAAGGAUUAUGAGCGAUCCCUUCGACAGCUGAGUCUUGAUGACAUCGAGCGCUUGGCUGGUAGACUCCUUUACCCAGACGGCGACAGCAUGGACACUUCGUACAUGGACUGAAACAAUAGAAUGUAAAAGUUAUUGUAACUUUGUGUUGGGAUGUGCGCAGCUGAAAAUGUGCGAAGCCAAUGCGAAACAAACAAUGAAUUUCUCUUCCGGGAGUUUAUUGUGUAGCUGACCAGUGGUUGUUUGUCAACUGCACUUUCUUCUCCUCCUAUCAAGGACUUGGAUAAGAAACAGUAUCUCAAGAUGUUCACGGAAUCAAUCCUGCAGUAAAGUCACAAGACCUGAUCACACCAUAAGUGAACAGAGGAGUCAUUCAUGCUGCCUGCUGUUUCUAUGGGAGGACUGUUUUGAAAGCUAUUUAUUAUUUCUGACUCAAUAUUGUUUUUCUUCCUGCUCUGUGAUCAGGUAAUGCACAUUCUACCGUGAAUAUUAUGAGUGUUUUAUGAUUUCUAUAUAAACAGGAAGGCAGUUUUGAUGUCAUGAUGUGAU